UAGACCGAACAUUGGUAGUUUGUGGAUUAGAAGCCAUGGCAAUAGCACGUGUGAUCCACGUGGCAGAACAGGAGGUUUGACUCAGAAUAAUUAGUGGAUCCAUUAUUCUUGUUUCGUUGGAGAGGGAGAUAUGGAGUCGAAGUCUCAGAAGGUAGAAGUGAUAAAGCAGGCGAUAAAGCAAGUCAUGGAAGAGGGUGGAACCGAUGACGACCGGCUCCUCUCCAAAUUGAUGUCUCAGUUGGAUAGUGAACCUGAACCAAACUCUGCACUCUCCAACUCGAGAUCGGAUGAAGACGAAGAAGAAAAGAUAUUGAAAGAAUUGAAGAAAGUUAGAAGGCAGAAUGUAGUAACACACUGCCUUCUUUCAGUCAUGAUUCUUCUCACAGUUACUUGGCAGAUAUCCGAGGUUUCAAUCAUCUUAAAACUCAAAAACGGAGUCGCUCACCCCUUUCGGUCCAUUGGUAGCAUACUUUUGAGUAUGAUAAAACCCCAUCGACCACAACUUGAUAAAGAUAAUGACACACUAAUUACAGAGGCAUCGAACCUCAUCGAGUCCACACCCGUUCAUGAUCUCAAACUUCCAAAGCUUCCGCAUCUUGAGCUACCCAAAAUCAACUUGGGGCUUAAUGAUCAAGAUUGACUCACAAAAUCAAAAGAGAUGGUCAAAUCCAAAUCAACUUUUGCUUCUUUUCAUUUCUUCGUGUUUCGGAUGAUUUGUUAUGAACACGUUAUUCUAUUGCAUUCGGUUUCGUUUACAGCCUAAAA